AUGACGAGCGACUAUUCCGAAAAUGAACUUUACGAUAUUAUUGAGCGGAUGGGCCAACAUGUAACAGAUCCAAUUUCACUUCAUAAGUUAAAAAACGAAAUCGACAAAAUUCUUGACGGUAUAAGUUCAUCGGAUGGUCAAGAAGAUGAUUUGAAUCAGUCAUUAUUCGCGUCACUAUGCAUCGAUUCAGAUUCUACACAAAACAACCGACAGUCGGAUUACUGUCCUUCUCCGAUUGUUAAUCGUAGGCGUCGAGGAAACCAUGAAGAACUUGUAGAGGUUGAAUAUCCAGAUGAUUUCGAGGCUGACGAAGAAAAGACAGAUUCCGAAGUCAACACGCUGAUUGCUGAAGCGUAUAAAAGCAUUGGUCGGAUAUACAACACCUGCCGAAACGCCGAAAAUGUCUCACGGUCAAUGUCGUCAGCCGACGAUGAAGAACAAGAAGACGAACAGAAUUGUGAAAUUAUAGAUGAAGAGAUUGAUAUUCCUGCAAGCGAUUCGGAGGGUACCCAACCUGUGAAGCCGAUUAUAAUUGAUCCAAGUGUUCGCCCUGUUUUGGACCCUAAACCUGGAAGAGCUCCUUAUAAGUUUGACCCUGUUACUAGGUUUCACUUAUACAAAGAAGAAUGGAAACGUCAUCCCGCUCCAGGAGAAAUGCGCCGGUUAUCACUACGAUGGAAAGUGCGCGAAUUCAUGCUGCGCAGUGAUUUACCGAGACUCAACGCUAACCCAGAUGCUCGUGUUGAACACCCGAAAGACUGGUCACCGAAGCCUUAUAUGGAUUAA